AGCGAAACUAUGGUGCUGCUCCGGAAACCUGCGUUAGCGUACUAGCAUCAAAGCUGGGCCGGUGUUGUCAAGCGAGCACUCGGCUUCCUUCGUCGCAGAAUGCUGGCAGAUGCAUCCAGAAUACGUCCUAUAAUUUAACAAGCCUCCCACGCUGUCCAUUUCAGUACGAAGUGCGCGAUGGCUCGAGCCGACGCGAGCUCCCCAGAAGCGGCCGCGUUCGACGUUCCAUCCUCCACGGUUCCAGAUGUUCCGAAGGAUGAAUUCAUCCCAAGAGAAUAUCAGGUUGAGCUCUUUGAAGCCGCCGUAAAGGAGAACACCAUUGUGUGCCUAGGAACUGGAACUGGCAAAACAUUCAUCGCUGUCAUGCUCAUCAAGGAGUAUGAAGCUUCCGUUCGCAUCCCGUUCGAAGAAGGAGGGAAGCGUACCUUCUUUCUCGUACCAACAGUGCCUCUCGUGGUACAGCAACAGAAGGCCAUCAAGUGCCAGACGGACCUGCGUGUUGGUGGCUACGUCGGCGACAUGAACGUUGACAAUUGGAACAAGAAACGCUGGGAAAAGGAGUUUGUCGAGUCCCAGGUGCUGGUGAUGACACCCGACGUAUUCAAGCUGAUCAUCCACCACGGCUUCCUGAAGAUGUCACGUGUUAACCUGCUCAUUCUGGACGAGUGCCACCGCGCGGUGAAGCAGCACACGUACCGGGAGGUGAUGCGCUGCAUGGACGUGCUGGAGCCGCACGAGCGACCGCGCGUGCUGGGCCUCACCGCCUCAGUCAUCAACAGCAAGGCCACCGAGCACCAGGUGGAGCGCAAGGUGCACGACCUCGAGAUGGCACUGCAUUCACGCGUGCUCACAGUCUCCAACCAGCAGAGCAUGGCCCGAUACGGUACCAAGCCGGUGGAGGUUCUGGUCGAGCACCAGUCGACGGGUAGCCCGUCGAUCUGCGGCAUCCCGGUUCCGACAUUUCCGUCCAUCCGGCCAAUGACCUCGCAGGGCCAGGAGAUGGAGCGCAGGCUCCGCAGCUUGAUUAAGGUGCUGCAGGACAUGGGCGUCUGGUGUGGACACCUGGCCGUCGAGGUCAUCAUGGAGGAGGCCCGCCGCAUGUUGGAUGGCCUCGACGACAGCUGUGUGCUCCGCGAGAUAGAGGUGUAUCUGGAGUGGCUGGACAAGGUUCGCAAGAGGUGCGAGAAUCACAUCAUUGAAUCAAACGCGGCACAAAGCGAGGAACCGCUCCUGGCAAUGGCCACUCCCAAGCUUAAACGCCUCCUGCAGAUCCUGGAGGCCUUUCGGCCACGGAAACGGCCACAGGACGGCAGUGAUGCUGAUGCCAGAGAACCGCGGAUGUCGCUGUGCGGCAUCAUCUUCGUCAAGGAGCGCAUCGUGGCUCGCAUACUCCGAGACUGGCUGCGUGAGCUGGCAAACAAGAUUCCCAGGUAUGCCUACAUCCUGGCCGAGUUUAUUGUGGGCCACGGUGCCAACCUUCAAGUUGGUUCCAAGGAAGCCGGGAUGUCUUUCAAAAAGCAGUGCAGGGUGUUGGAGCAGUUUCGUCGUCAGGAGUGCAACCUGCUGGUGGCCACCUCGGUGGUAGAGGAAGGCAUGGACGUUCCCAAGUGCAGCCUGGUGGUGCGCUUCGACUUUCCUGACGACUUCCGUUCGUACGUGCAGUCCAAGGGGCGUGCCCGUGCGCAGCGCUCCCUCUACGUCAUGAUGACCAGCCGCGAUGACUACAACAAGGCCGCUGCUAACCUGCGCAAUUACCUCUCCAUAGAGGCGAUAUUGAUGACCAAGUGCCACGAGAGGAAGGCGCCACUCACUUCUGAGGUGGUGCUGAGCUUUGCCAUUGACGAGCUGUUGCCCCCGUACAUGCCGGUGCGCGAGGACGGUGCACCUCGCAUCACACUCAGCUCGGCCAUCGGCCUCGUCAACAGGUACUGCAUGAUCCUUCCGUCGGACAUAUUCACGCACCUGAAGCCCACCUAUAAGAUGAGCACCGUGACAGUGGAGGACAAGGAGAUGUACGUCUGCACCAUCUACCUGCCCAUGACUAGUCCGCUCAAGGAGGCCAUCAGGGGACGGCCAAUGGAGACGAAGAAGUAUGCCAAGAUGGCUGCCGCCCUCGAAACAUGCAAACGUCUGCACGAAAUAAAUGAGUUUGACAGCUGCUUGCUGCCCGUGAGGCGCACGCUAAAGCAGCUGGAAGACACGAACAAUGAAGAAACCGAGGAGGUACCCCAGGGUGCACCCAAGCCCGGAACAAAGAAGUGCAGGAGGGAGUACCAGAAGCGGGUGUGCAGAUUGUUUGCCGAGGCACGAGUCUUGGAGGCGGGCCAUUACCGCCUGCACAUCCUGACGACACGACUUGUGAACAUGGCGUCCGAACUUCAGAACUGGCGCAACGAGAAGCUCGUUGAUCCCGAGGACUGCCCAUUGUGGUUUGCCCUGGUCCUCCGCGAGGACAUGCCCUGCUUGCCUUCGUUUCCAAUCUUCACGCGGUCCGGUGACGAGGAGGUGACGGUGGUUCGCGCGGGCCUGGUGAGCCUCUCGGCCGAGGAGUGCCGCCGGCUGCAGUGCUUCCAUCGCGCAAUCUGGGACGACGUGCUCCGAAUGAAGGAGAGGCCCCUUCUUCGGUUUGACUUGAGCUCGGCGCCCAGCAGUCCCGUUUUGGCUCCAGUUAUCAAAGACGGCGACACAUCGAUGAUAGACUGGCCCUUCGUCGACAUAGUUGUCAACGGGAUCAACAAGAAUCGCGUGACAGGAACUGCCUACAAGUUCAAUCCCUGUGAAUACGAAGGUGCCGUGGUGGUGCCCCGCUAUGCUCCUCUUCAUUACCACCACAGUACGUUCUACGUGAAGAAGAUCCGCACUGACCUCACCGUCGACAGUAUUGACGGUAUGAGCACUUUCCGCUAUUACGUGACCGUCAUCCACCACCUGCACGUCACCGACUCCACACAGCCAAUCCUCGAGGUGGUCUUCACCGAGAUGCGGCUCAACCUGCUGACACCGCGUUACCGCAACCGUAAGGGUGACGUCUUCCUCAAGAAGACGGCCACUAACCACCGAGUGGAGUUGCGUGUCCCAGAGCUCUGUGACAUUCACCCCGUCCCAGCAAGCAUCUGGCGCAAGGCGGUGUGCCUUCCGACCAUUGUGUACCGGUUGAACCAACUCCUCGUCAUGGAGGAACUGCGUGCUUCCAUCGCCGCAGCGACAGGCAUUGGAGUCGAGACUUUUCGAGGCUGCUGGCCGAGCGUGGACUUCCAGAGCGCCGUUUCCGGUAGCGCCACGAUCAGCUUCGCGCCUGCUCCCGACAAGGUGGAGUUCGGCAACCUCCUUCGUGGACAUGGCGACGCGGAGGAAAUACGGAUGCCCAGGUUAUCGCGGUCAUUCGAGUACCAGCCGGAGCUGAAAGGCAACCCCGGUCCGAGCCCGGGACUUCUGCUGGAAGCUGUGACGUCGGCAAAGGCAGCGGAUGGCUUCGACCUCGAACGUCUCGAGGUUCUCGGGGACUCGUUCCUCAAGUUUGCAGUGACCAUCGACUUGUUCUGUGGCUCCACAUCGGCCCAGGAGGGGCUGUUGACGCAGGCGCGCUCCCGCAUCAUCUGCAACCGGAACCUGCACAAGCUUGGCUCCAAGGUGCAUGUCGGCUCGAUGAUUGCGCAGGAGCAGUUUGAGCCACUCCGAAACUGGCUGCCGCCAGGCUACUGGGUCCCCGAAGGCGCAGAGGACAUUAUGAUGGACGUUGAUUUUGUCUUUUGGGUGAUCCAGAAGGACACCAAAAUUCUGGACAAGCUCAACUAUGAAGAGCUCUGCAGCAGCUAUGAACGCUACAAAACUGAAUCUAGCAAGCCGGGGUUUGUGCCUCCGCCUCGCAACACGUCCGGUGCCGUUCCGAUCCGCCAGUUGUCGCAGCUGUCCGACAAGAGUGUCGCCGAUUCGGUGGAGGCCAUAAUUGGCGCGUACCUUCUCGUGACCGGUCCCAUCGGCGCCCUCAAGGUGAUGAAGUGGAUGGGCCUGAAGCUGGAGCAGUGCGACUUGGACGCGCAAGGUAACGACGACGCCAAACGCACCGCAGCGCCGGCGUUCCUGGGUUUCCCAGUGCCACGGACGUCGCUGCUUCGCUACACAGACGACCCAGAGGGCCACCUCGCAAACCCGAGCAGUCCGUGGCACUCGACCCUCUGCCUGGUGGAGAAGACUCUUGGCUACACCUUCCGCGACCGGUCCUUCCUGCUGCAGGCCUGCACGCACGCCUCGUACUACAAAAACCGUCUGACGGACUGCUACCAGCGGCUGGAGUUCUUGGGUGACGCGGUCAUCGACUACUUGGUGACGCGGUACCUCUACGAGGGCCCGCGCAAGUUCAACCCGGGCCAGCUGACAGACCUGCGCUCAUCCCUGGUCAACAACACCUUCUUCGCAGCGCUAGUCGUGCGCCACGGCCUGCACCGGUGCCUGCUUCACUGCAACCCGGGGCUCUUUAAUGCCGUGGCGCGCUUCGUUCAGCACCAGGAGGGCUCCAGUGAGGAGGAGUCCGGCUCUUCGGACGAGGACACCAUGACCGAAAUACUGGACCUGAACGCCCACAGGGACGAGGUCCAGGACAACCCCACUUACUGGAAGGUGCUCCAGCGAUUCUAUUACCACGAGGAGGAGUGCCUGGAGCCCGAGGAGGUCGAGGUGCCAAAGGCGCUGGGCGACCUUUUUGAGAGCCUCAUGGGUGCCGUGUUUCUCGACUGUGGUAUGUCGCUGGACACGGUGUGGUGCAUCAUAUACCGACUCUUCGGCCGUGAGGUCGAGUCCUUCAGUGAGCGGGUGCCCCUGCCCCCCGUUCGUGCACUUCUCGAGCACUUCCCAGGGGCCCACUUCAGCACGGCCGAGGUGCUGAAGAACGAAAAGGUGAAGGUGCAGCUGACCGUGGGGGACAAGACCUUCACAUGCGUCGCCAAAAGCAAGAAGCUUGCCAAGACGGCGCUCGCCAAAAAGUACCUGCGAUUGAUGAGCGAGAGUGCAUCCGUCUAGGAGCACCCCUUGCCAAGCAUUUGCACAGACUAUUGAAAUGGAAAAAGGGCAUUGUGCAUUUUUCUGAGUAUGUGCCGGACACGGUUUCCUUGAAUGAAUGUCUUCACUUGUGCACUUUUCGGGCGUUCUGUUUCUAUCACGAACGUUCCAGAGUUGUCUGUUACGCGUAGAUCUAACACUAAAUGAUUAGAUCUAACGCGUAGAUCUAACACUACAUGGCCUCGCAUUAAACUCAGGCUGUGUAAUGGAAUCUGCGAGCCUUGCUUGCGAGUUUCUCGAAACAUAAACUGUGAUCUCUCGUGACCAGAGAAAACUAUGCAUACACUAAGAAGUAUUUAACACUGUACAAUUACUUGACAUGGUCAUAAUAAUAGUAUUGCAUUGUAAAGCAUUGGUGAUAAAGAGCCCAUGAUGAUUGUUGUCAUUCAUGUUUUUCUCAUUCGCACUGCAGUGUUGAGAAGUGCUGUUAAUGUUGUUGUCUGUUUUUCAUGGCGUGCGACAAGAUUCAGUGAGAUGUCGCCCCGAUGCCCACUUCCUGUUUGUAGGAACCUUGAUUGUAUGAAGUUCGUAUGGAAAGAAGUUUUAGCAGCCGAGCCCUCUGUUGUCUUUCAUGUUGCAUUAAUCAAUUUUACACCUGUUUGUCAUGUGUUAGGAUUUUUAUGUGGUAAUACCAUAUUUACUCGCGUAAUGAACUUACCUUUUUUUCAGAAAAGUUGACGCCAAUUUGGGGGAGGGGGUUCAUCACGCCGGAGAGAAAAAAAAGUCAUGGGAGUUAUAACAGCUGAAAUUUCACGUGACAUUAUUAAGGAACCCGCUGUCCAACCGCUGCUGGCCCUCAAUUCAGUGGCAGGAUUUUGGACCCUCUAUUCGAAAACUUUGCUGCCCAGAAGGGGAAACUGUCCUUUUUUUUUUGGCCUGUGAAAUGUGUGACGAACUUUUUUGUAGCCCGAAGCUGCUCUUGUUUAUCUCCUGUAACAAACGCGCACGAAUCGACGCUGCUAAGUGACGUCAACGCGCUCUGUUCCCAUCCGCCGACAAAUGCUUGCCCAACUUUAAAACUGGCCGUGUAGAUAGCGUACAGGCCAAUCGUGCCCUGCGUAGCAUUAAGUUCACUAUGACAAACCGGACAACAACAACAACAAAAAAAAAAAUGCAUGUGAGAUGGCAAGCACAUGCACAUAGCGGGUGCACAUUGCGUCGUCGGCGAGGUGGGCGCAGUUUGGGCUUUGUUUUUGUGCCACCGUGCUUGCAUGGCGCUGUUUUUUCUACGUUCGACAGAUGGCGCUUUGUAGCAAAAGGUGCAACUACGGUGAACGUCGCACAUGCUUGCGCUGCUAGCAACUGUUGAACAUCAUUGUUAUUGCCCUGUAAUUUUGCGCCUUAAUGGCAUGAUUAAACAUUGUUUCGAUGGUCAACGGAACUUGCUAUCACAACAAAAUAGAGCCAGCAGAUACAUUUAAAAAUAAUUUUGUUUUUCAUGAACUGAAAUGGUGGAGUGGGUUUGUUACCAGAGCAAAUACGGUGCUUUUUAUUAUUAUAUUGCCACUAGUACAAGUUCUGAAAGUAUUAUUUCCA